CAUUUCUCUAAGCUUUCUUUAACAGGAAACAUCCCCGUGCCGGAGAUCUCUCGUCGUCUGUGUCAGAUUUUUGUCAGCAACCUAACAGAGAAAAUAUUCUUAGCUAAAAGUUCAUUUGCGGUAGCUGAAUGGCGGAGACGGACGUCGGGACCGUUAAGGGAAAGGAGACAGGAUCGGCGAAGCGCUUGAUUUUGCUGAUCGGCGCUAUAGCUGCCGUUCUUUUAGCCGUCGUGGCCGCCGUGUUUUUCAAUACUCCGAAUUCUUCGAUUUAUGGGUUUACCGGAAAGUUCUGCAAUUGCCGUCAGGCUGAGCAGCAGAAGUACAUUGGGAUGAUCGAAGAUUGUUGUUGUGAUUACGAGACGGUAAAUCGGCUGAACAAGGAAGUGUUGCAUCCGUUGCUGGAAGCCCUUGUUAAGACACCAUUUUAUCGAUAUUUCAAGGUUAAACUGUGGUGUGAUUGCCCGUUUUGGCCUGAUGAUGGCAUGUGCCGUUUAAGAGACUGUAGUGUUUGUGAAUGUCCUGAGAGCGAGUUCCCUGAACCAUUUAAGAAGCCAUUAAGCCAAGAAAAUCCUGUUUGCCAAGAAGGGAAACCACAAGCUGCUGUUGACCGUACCGUUGACACGAGGGCCUUCAGGGGUUGGACAGUCACAGACAAUCCAUGGACAAGUGAUGAUGAAACUGACAACGAUGAAAUGACAUAUGUUAAUCUUCGACUGAAUCCUGAACGGUACACUGGCUAUAUUGGCCCGUCAGCUAGAAGGAUAUGGGAUGCUAUAUACUCUGAGAACUGUCCCAAAUAUACAUCUGAACAGUCAUGUCAAGAAGAAAAGAUAUUGUACAAAUUGAUCUCUGGCCUUCAUUCAUCUAUUUCAAUUCAUAUAGCAUCGGAUUAUUUACUUGAUGAAGCUACAAACUUGUGGGGUCAAAACUUGACAUUGUUAUAUGAUCGUGUGUUAAGAUACCCAGAUCGCGUUCGGAACCUAUACUUUACAUUUUUGUUUGUUCUCAGAGCAGUAACAAAGGCAGAAAAUUACUUGGGAGAGGCUGAAUAUGAGACUGGUAAUGUAAUCGAGGACUUGAAGACCAAAUCUCUGGUGAAACAACUAGUUAGUGACCCCAAAACCAAAGCAGCUUGUCCUCUACCAUUUGAUGAAGCUAAGCUCUGGAAGGGCCAACGUGGACCAGAACUGAAACAACAAAUACAAAAACAGUUCAGAAACAUUAGUGCAAUAAUGGACUGUGUAGGCUGUGAGAAAUGCCGUCUAUGGGGAAAGCUCCAGAUUCUUGGCCUCGGCACUGCAUUGAAAAUCCUUUUCACUGUCAACGGUGAAGACAAUCUGCGUCAUAAUCUUGAACUGCAAAGGAAUGAAGUGAUUGCGCUGAUGAAUCUACUCAACCGAUUAUCUGAAUCAGUGAAGUUUGUUCAUGACUUGAGUCCUGAGGCCGAGAGAAUCGCUAGAGUGACAGGAGGACAUGACUCUCCAGGGAACAGUUUAUGGCAAAAAGUCUACUCACCAAAGCUCCCAUUGAGUAUAUAAAAGUUUGAGGGAUAACUUACCUUGCAGUAUAAUAGAACUUUCAAAUUCCUUAGAAAUUUAGACUAAGUAUCAGUUUUGAUCAAAAUGUGAUUUUUUUAGUGUAGAUGCGUGUAGAAGCACUAAGUGGUUGAUUGGGGGGCAUUUGUGCUUCGUGCUUAUACAUAUAUCAAGUAUAACUGAUUCUUUAAAACA